AUGGUCGCCUGGUCCAAGCCUAUUGCUUUCGCCUGCCUCCCCCCCCCCCCCCCCCGCCUCAGCACACUCCCGCCUCCGCCCCUGGUCUCCGCCGAAGAGUUCGUCAAAGCGGCCAAGCGUAACGAUGGCGAUGACGGUUGGCUCGCUGAGCUCGUCAAGGUUGGGGCCGAGAAGGGCCGGGCGGCUAUGAACGCGGUGGGGUGGAAGAUCAUCGAGCUCUGGACGGUCAUGAGGCUCGUCGAAAUCCUCUUAUGCCCGCUCAAGGACUUCGUCGACGCUGUCUGCGCCGGUCUCGUCAGACUGGCAUUUCAGUACUCCCCCGCCCUCGCGGCAUUCUUCCAGGCUGAUCGCCCCACGCCCGAUCAGCAAUCCUAG